AUGCAUUCCCCCGAUACACAUCAAGUAUCUUCGGAGAAAAAAGGGUUCACUACUGCAGAUACAACUCCCGUUCAUACGCCGUUGGAAACAAGCCGUCGUAACUCUGAAUGUUAUCAGCGCGGAGAAGAUUCCGUAUCAGAAAAGGAUCAAGUAGAUGGCGGUCUCAGGGCAUGGCUUGUCCUCCUCGGUGCCUGGCUAUGCUUUGCCAACUCAUGGGGCAUAACCUCUGUCUUUGGUGUAUUUCAAUCAUACUAUCUGGAAACCGGCAUUCUCGGCCCCUCAUAUUCAGCGUCGUCCAUAUCAUGGAUUGGGUCGAUACAAGCGUUCCUCACUAUGUUUGCUGGUGUCUUCUCAGGCCAUCUUAUGGAUACCGGUUACACGCAACAGGUUCUAUUUGUUGGCACUGGUUUGAUCGUCCUCGGAACCGCGUUACUCUCAGUCUGCAAGGAAUACUACCAGGUCCUCCUUACACAGGGUAUCUGUGUUGGUAUCGGAAGUGGUAUGCUACUUCUUGUAUCAUUAGCGAUGUUGUCGAUGUGGUUCAAAAAGAAAAAGAUGCUUGCUGCAGCUGCAUUCUACAUACCAAUCGUCUUGAGUAAACUGUUUACAACUAUUGGUUUUGCCUGGACUGUUCGAGUAUAUGCGCUUAUCAUACUCCUCACUGCUGGGACAGCAUGUCUGGUGAUGACCCCCAAGAAAGUCGCCUUCAAACAUGGACCGUUGAUCAACGUGAGCUACUUCAAAGAUCUGAAGUUUACUCUGUUUGUCAUUGUCUUAGCUUUCGGUUUCACUAUGGCUGCCAACUACAUUCCUUACUUCUACCUAACGGCCUAUGCAAAGGCUCUAAACGUCAAGUCGGGAACACUGGGCCUCGUCAGCAUUAUAAAUGCUGUCUCAGCCGUCAGCCGCCUCCCUCCCGCCCUCUUAGCCCAUUACAUUGGCGGUGCAAACACUCUCAUCAUCUGCUGUGGACUAUCGACUGUGACCCUCUAUCUAUACACCUUGACCACAUCAACGUUUGGCGGGCUCGUAGCUCUCGCUGCUUGCUACGCCCUGGCCUCAGGCGGAGUUCUCUUCCUACCGCCCAUGAUAUUAUCCAACUUCGCGGGCAAUGACCGUGCACAGUAUGGAACCAUGAUUGGCAUGGGCUAUACAAUUGGCGCCAUAGGCGUAUUGGUCGGUAAUCCAAUUGCCGGUGCCACGAUUAGCGGUUCUGCAACCAAUACAGCAGAAGGAGAAAUAGGAGACAUCGGCAAGGCGCACAGCAAGUACCUGGGCGUCUGGAUCGUCGCGGGAUCUUCCAUGGCUAUUGCCACAGCCCUACAUUUUAGCGCAAGGAUGAUCUGGGUGAAUUGGAAAAUCAAGUCUCGGGUAUAA